AUGGAGCAGUUUGUCCGCAAUCUGCUCAAGACGAUGCCACUGUCAAGCUUGACGCAGAGAAUCGUGCGCGACCGCUACAAAGCUGAAUUUAACAAAGAUCAGCAGAUGACUGGUACUCAGUCUGAAACACUCAGAUCCGUCGUUGUCGAGGUCGCCAAGGCGGAGAUGAACAAAGGAGACUCCAAGAGUUCCAAAUCAAAGUCUGAACCGAAGCCGGAACCCGGAGAUAAGAGGCCCGCCGAAGCGAAGACAGAAGUUAAGGUCGAGGAGAAAAAAGCGAAGGUGGAAACGGUCGAGCUCUCCGACGAUGAGCUGGAGGUCGUCUCCGUUACGCGCGCUGAUCCACUGCCACACAUUCGCGCCGACUGCGCUUCUAAGCCUUACAAGCCCACGGACAAUGUAAAAAUCGGCCCGUUCAUGAAAAACGCGGAGUAUUGCGAAAAGUGUUUCUGCUACAUCUGCGACAAGCCCGCGAAGGAGUGUGAGAACUGGGCAAAAGAUAGGGAGCCGCACUGUAAUGCCAACUCAAAAGAAGCUUGCUGGAAGGCGAGAAGAAUGGUUCAAAAUCAGGUCAAAUUUAACUUCCUAAACCGGUUCAUCAACAAACACAUCCAAGCCGGUCGUCACGCUGCCCUGCGCGCAGAAGCAACGAUCGUGUGCGUCGAAAUGAGAGAAUCAUACCAGCUGUAUCGAAUGGGAAAGAAAUGCGACGCGAAGGAGUGUCCCUGCGAUUGUGCUUGCCACAGAAACCCGGGCAGGCCGAGUAACUGGUGUGGAAAAUGCAGAAGCGUACACGAUUUGAAGAAAAAAUUCGACUACAGAGCAGUUAGGGCGAAAGUAAAGGAGCUGAUUAAGAAGAUUCAAGCGUGGACUUCUACGCCUCAGGAACAGUGCUUUUUGUACGAAACCAUUAUUAAUGAGCUGACAAUGCACAAAGGCGCUGAUAUCAACCAAAUCACCCAGCAAUCUGGCAAUCCCGACAAGGAGGCCCAGUGCAACAACUUCCAAGUCCUCAAGGAAUCAUACCUUCUUCAGCCUCUAUCACAAACACUCGCCAACAACACUGGUCUAUGGAAGGACCUCAACGAAACCCUGCGCCUCGCCUUCAGACAACAAGCGCUGCAGGACCACUUUAUCAAAACCUUCUUUGAGGCUCUUCAGUCUCAUCUUGGACGCGCUCGCUCAAACGCCACCCAGCGCAUCACACAAGUAACGCAAGUGAAUCCACACCAGCAUCAUCAACAAGUGCGCAAUGUCCACCAGAACGCGCACCAAAUUCAGUUUAACAAUAUCCCGUAUGGCCAGCGCGGCCAUAUUAUCAACCAGAAUGGGAUGAUGAUUCAAAACCAAGCUCGCCCGCCUGGCGGCAGUAUCCAGCCCUUUCAACGGGGGGCCUCCAAGGGGAGCGGUAUCCGGGAGGUCCGAGCAAAUGCACCAGCCGCAACGCUUAUCACAGCCUCAAAUGGCCAGGCAAUUCGGCAUCGAGGCACAACACUGGCAGUUGCUACAGUCUCAACUAGCGGCGCAGGGACUACAACCUCAAGUACCCGGGCACCAGGUCAACCACCAGCAGGGCUUUUCUCAAUGGCCACAUCAGGGAAAUCCGGGACAGUUCAGAUAAGAAUCCCGGCCAACAUGACUGUGACAAGCGCGACUCCGGCGACGAUUUCGAAGAGCGCGAUUGCUCCAACGCAAGUGAACAAGUUGACUAAUGGAACGAUCAUUACGACGAAGAAGCUGACACACAGUAAUGAACAGCUUGAGGAGCUGAACAUACUGAACGAGCAGCAAGAACGCGACUUGGAAGAACGCUGCGAAAAUCGCAUCAAAGUCGGACAGUUCAACUCCACGGCCAUGGAAGUGAAGAAGAUAGUCGAAAACUAUCGCUAUCGACGUCUUUGGUUCAUCGGCAAAGGUGUCUACCGGGUCUACCUAGUUUGUCUAGCGCAUACAGAUCCAAUGGGCACGCUGAAAGAACUCUGGAACAUGGAGAAGCACAUCAAGCAGCAGUUUGGCCCUCGACAGCCGCCAUGGAGACUGGACGCUGAUGAUAUUGCUCGAAUCCUGAUGAUCGUCAUCCAAGAUGUUCCAUCAAUCAAGAAGGUGGUGCUAACGAAAAAGUUCCACUGCCCUCCGGAUUGGCCGAUCAUGGGGCCGAUCGCUACCCGACCUUACAAGAAACUCAAUGAUCUGAUGCGAGGCGUUUUCAUCGUCAUGAUAUCUCUGAUUCGAUCCCCCACAAAUCAUUACUGCAAUGGGUCGGUAGACUUACUCAUGUUCGCCAUGCGCAUCUUCUGUCCCAUGUGGUCACACAGUGAUGGAAACAGCUUGGCAGACAUGCUGAAGUUUUACAAUCAGACGAAAGAGAUAAACAAAGAAUUGGAGGCGUCGAAAACCAUCACUCUCAAUUUCGACGCGGCGUUGAAGAGCGCUAAGAUCCGGGAAAAAGUGGAUUCUAGUACCACGCGCGUCUUUUGCAUCACAUUCCUUCUGGCAAAGUAUGUGUCCAAGUGGGAAGCACGUCACCCACAAGAGAUCAUCAACCUCCUGGCUUAUCCACGAACCCGAUAUCACGAACUCGAGUCCGCUACAAUUCUUCCGAUUUGGAACUUUGCUCUCUUCGCACUCUGCAACCAAAAUGAAGUUGCUGAAAGAAUGAUCGUACUUGACAACUAUGGCCUCCUCAACUGGUUUCAGUCAUUCCUUGCUUGUCCAGAAGGUGGCAGUCGCUACAACGUCAUUUCCAACUUCUUGAAUAUCCAAGUCUUCCGUACAAUCGUUCUGAAAAGUCGCAUCGAGUUUUCGAUCAAAUUCCUUGAUGUUCUUUUCAACACGAUCUCUGACUUUCAAAUCAAAGGCAAGCUUAACAUGGAAGCGAAACGCAAAUACUACGAUAAAUACGUCGAUAUCAGCGCUAAGUUCUUGGAUCGAGUUGAGAAAGAGAUCGACGAGAAAGCGAUCCAGGUUGCGCCGGCCGAUGUAUUCCCCGGGUUGAAAAUUCCAAGCGUGACACCAGACUGGUUGUUGAAGCUCGAUUACUUGGAAGGACUGAGCUACGGGAUGAUCGAUUUGAUGGCGGAUCGACGUGCGCAGCUCUUGCGACUCUGUCUCUACCGAAAGACAACAAUGGCCAGAUACUAUCCUAACGCCAAACCAGUCCAUGUUUCCUUCGAUCUUUUUGGUGACCAGAAGUACAAGAACAACUUCCCGAUCAAAUACAAGUUCCAGUCUCGUCUCCUCGGCGCUUUCAUUUCCAGCUCAGUUGAGAGCAUGCAGGAUAAAGUUGAUCCGUACUUGACGUACUUAAUCAGAGAUAACACUCGGGAAGAUGUUAACUUCUUGAAGGCUCUCCGAAUGAUACAGUCUUGUACAAAAACCCGUUUUGUCAAGCGCAACCGACACACCAUCGAUCACAAAGUAUUCAUGAAACAACACUUUGGCCAUGUUUGUGACACCAGCAUCGAUGCAAACAUGAAUGUCGCCCUGAUUCUCCAAACAAUUUUAAUGUCCGAGGAUGACUGUAUCGAGCAACUGCAUGUCACGUGCCUGGAGUAUCUGUCGGAAAUCUUGGGUAACUGCUGCUUUUAUUGGCUGAAUUGCCCGAAGUGCUCGAUCAACAAUACUAAAACCUUUGAUGAAAGGGAUCGGGUUGGAAUCGACGCCUUCGGGAAGUUACUGAAUCGUCUCAUCAAAAUCCGUCACCACAAGGGCUCUGGUCCCCACUUUCAUUCCUUCGAGACCUCGCGCGCGAUGAUUAAGAGUUUCAUGGCUAAAUUCUGGGCGUUCUUCAAUCCUCUCGCGCAGAUCGACUACAAUAAGUUGUCGAAUAAUAACAACCAGAAAAAUCUCUUCAACGAUACUUGUCAUAAAUACAACAUCCUCGGAAAGCUGAUAACGCUCAUCCACCAGCCAAUGUACCCUGCACUCAAUACGGCAUUCUCUCAAGGAAUCAUGAACAUCCAGGGCGAUGAUGUCUUUAAAGGCGCCCUAGAACAGUUCAUCUUCACGAUGCAAAAUAGCAACAAGUUCAGAUCACAACCCUUCACAAAUUUUCUUCGUUCACGCGCCUCCGGGCAGCCCAACAUAAUUACACUUCAACCGGGAAUUCGCGUAGUUCAAAUUCACCAAGUACCCAUCAACACGCCAGUUCGAGUUCCCAUUCCAAGCAAUAGACCUGCACAGCCACCGCCAGCAAAGCCGAGCGCUCAACCACGGAAGCAAAUGCCAACACUAACUAGAAAACCACCUUCACCUGCAAAAAGUUGUCGGGCCGAAUCUUACGAUCGUAGAGCCUCUCUAUCAGACGAUGAUUAUCGCCCUGAGAGUGAGGGCCAGUACGUAGACAUGUCAAACCUUGGCGAGAGGAAAAGAACGAGAUUCGAGCACCAGAAAGAGAGAGAGCUAGCAUUCAAAAAGAAAAGGGUUGUCCAGCGAAAGUUAUCCGAAUCGUGGAGAGAGAAGCGGACGCAAUUCAAGGAUGCAAAAUUGGGCAAUCUGGAGAAACAGGGCUACCAGUUCCCGGAUCUAUUCCCGCACAAGUUCAUGAGCGUUCCUGUAUUUGAUCCGAUUGUCCGUCGACGAAAAGAUUUAAAGAAAAAGAUGCUAGGUGCAAGCACAGCAGGUAGACUUUUGAGCACCUCUUUUGCUAGAAAUAAGGUUGCUGCGGAAGUGGGGAAAACAGGAAUUAAGAGUCUCGAUGCAGCUCUGGACAAAAAAGCCGGCUCCCGUAGAAUGACCGAGACUGCUUUGGCGGCCAAAGCCGGAGCAAAGGUUCUAAAAAAGCUAAAUGAGCAUAGAAAUAGCAUGGGCAAAAUUCAAGCUCGUCAGCGAGAACAACUGCGGCAGAGAAUCAGAAUGGUCGUCACUCCCAACCAUCCCGACAAAAGUUCUCUUUUGAAUGAACUGACGAAGGAGGCGAAAUCGUUGAAUGUUCCGAAAGAUAAAUUGAAACUCUGGCUUGGAGCGGAUGCUAAGUCGCUUUUGGUUUAUUUUGAUGGCCCUGGGGAAAUCUUUGCGAUGGCAGAAAUCGUCGACAGUAAAUACGAUUUGGGCAAGGCCAUCAGCAUUUUAAAGCCAGUCUUUGAAUCCAAAAGAAUCGGGCUAGCCGACAAAUGGUCUUUGAACCCAAAUCAAAAACGCGAUGUUUACCUCGACUACGUUGGAAGAGUUACGGUCUCAUCGGAACUUGAGGAAGAUGAUUUGAUGGAAGUUGCCCUGGAGCUUGACGUUUCGGAUGUGAAAGAAGUAGACGGAGGGUUUGAGUUUAUUGUCCCUGCAAGAGAAACUUCCAAUCUACUAGCCGAACUCCAGAAUCAACCAAAAAUCUCCGUCCUAAAUUCUGAGCUCACUUAUCUUGCUGCCUCUCCGAUCGAAAUCGACGAUGAAGAUUUUGAAGACAUCGACUUAUUCGAAGAAAAAUUAACUGUUCUCUUGUCAAACAAUGAUUUUGCAAUGGAGCUCGGAAAUAUUUAUUAUAACUUUGAAAUAAAUGAGUGA